CUGCCCCCCCUGCUGCACCCACCGUGGGUGCCGGGAAGCCUGCACCCCCCCCCCCCCCCCCCCGGCACCAACAGCAGCGCCUGCACCAACGGGGGCACCUGCACGGGUCGUGGGAGCAACCCCCUGGGGCCGCACUGUGACACUCCCAGCCCAGGACAGCCACUGGCAGUACUGGAAGUGGUGAUGGGCCUGGUGGCGCCAGCAGCAGCACUGGCAGCACCAGUGGUGGCCCCGGUAGCGGUAGCGGCCCCAGCAGCACCAGCGGUGGCACCGGCAGCAACAGCCCCUGAAGCCCCGGUGCCGGCAUCGGCGCCAGCGUCUCCGGCGUCGCUCCCAGCUGCGGGGCGGUUGGUGAUGCCGGAGCCUCUCCCGGAGGUGCCGCCAUCCCCGUGCGCCCUCGGUCCCUGCUUCAACGGCGGCGCCUGUGCCCCCGACCCGGCUCCCGGCGCCGGCUACACCUGCCGCUGCCCCCCCGGCUUCCGCGGCUCCAACUGCGAUGCCACGCACCUCUGCCUGCACGGUGGCCAAUGCCGGGACUUGGGUCGCGGCGCCAUUUGCAAAUGCCGGCCGGGUUUUUCGGGGCGCCGGUGCGAACGCAACGCCGACGACUGUACCCCCAACCCCUGCGCCAACGGCGGCACGUGCCAGGACGGCGCCACUGCCUUCACCUGCUCCUGCACCCUCGGCUACGCCGGCGCCGAUUGCGACGCCUGCGCCUCCGGACCCUGCUUGCACGGUGCCACUUGCUACACCCACUUCUCCGGCCACGUCUGCGCCUGCCCCCCCGGAUUUAUGGGGUCCCGCUGCGAGGAGGAGGUUGGGGGACCCCCCCCAGCCCCCCAGCGCCGCCCCCCCGUGCCCCUCGCCUGCGCCCUCCCCCGCCCUGGUGUGGGGCUGGCACUGGCAGCGUGGCGGGAGAGGCUGCUGGGGGAGAGGCUCAACAUCGAUGGCCUCCUGGUUUACUUCCCUUACGACUACAUCUACCCUGAGCAGUUCUCCUACAUGUUGGAGCUCAAGAGGACCUUGGACGCCAAGGUACAGCGGGAUCUGGCGGCCCCGGGCGGGCUGGGAUCCACCCACCCCUGAGGACGUCCCUGCCGGGGUGACGCCGCUGCUCUGACA